UGUCACUUUUUCAAAGCUACCAAUGCGAUGAAUGCAAGUUACAGAAGGCCCUUCGCCAUCUUCUUAGUUUGGGUCUCCUUAGCCUAUACACUUGGAAUAUACUUAUUCCUAAACGGCUUUCUAUUAACGCGCCAAACCUUGCAUGUCGAGAGCACCCAUCUGUCAAGUCCCUGGAAUCAGUUUCCCUUAGCAUCAGGCCACGACCAUGUCGAAAAAUCUAUUGACAUGGAGAGCAUUGCCCAGUCAAAAGGAAUUUCAGAUAUCUAUGAACCGCCCUUUCAGCGUGCUAUCAUCGUCCUCAUCGAUGCUUUACGCUUUGACUUUUUGCCAAAACUCGGUGAACGGCCAUCCGAUCAAUUCUAUACCAAUCGAUUGCCCAUCGUACAAGACCUGUUGGACCAAUCACCUGAGUCAACUGUACUAUUUCAGUUUAGGGCUGACCCUCCUACCACUACAAUGCAAAGGCUAAAAGCUCUGAUGACAGGGUCACUCCCGACAUUCAUUGAUGCUGGCAGUAAUUUCGCUUCCUCUGAUAUUAGCGAAGAUCAUCUACUGAGACAUCUUACACGGCGAUUCAAGUCUACUUAUUUUAUGGGCGACGAUACGUGGAUUAAUUUAUUUAGCGAUGUAUUGAAUGAUAACUCCAGGACCUUUCCCUUCGAUUCUUUCAAAGUCUUUGAUUUGGAUACAGUUGAUCACGGAAUACUCGGGAAGCUAUGGCCAUUGCUAGAUGGACAUUUGCCUCAGGAUCAAACAAGAUCAAGUCUGACAGAUACAGGUUCUAAUAGCUCCCAAUGGGAUUGCAUCAUCACACAUUUUCUUGGCGUGGACCACUGUGGCCAUACCUACGGUCCGUCACACCCAAGUAUGGCAGCAAAAUUGGACGAAAUGAACACGAUGCUUCAACAACUUGUUCAAUAUGUAGAUGAGGACACUCUCCUAAUUUUAUUCGGUGAUCAUGGUAUGUCUGUAGCAGGCGAUCAUGGCGGUGAGAGCGAAGAAGAGGUUAUGAGCGGUCUUCUAUUGCAUUCCAAGCGACCUCUUACCUUGUCCCGUUCAAAGCACACGAAAGGCGACCUUAAUCAAAACUACUUCCAGCACCUUUUUUCAAAAAUACACCGCAAUAGGGAUAAGACUUUAUCGUACGACCAUGACGCCAUAACAACCAGGUUGGGAUAUGAUGCUACUGCAUACCCCAUCGUGUCACAAAUUCAUUUAGUUCCUACACUAAGUUAUCUCUUUGGCACGCCUAUUCCAUUUGGAAAUCUUGGAGCUUUGAUACCUGAUCUUCUGUAUCCAAAACAACAAGUGGAUGAUCCAGCUUCCUUAUUGUACUUCAUCCAACAAUUUCGUAUCAAUGCCUUGCAGGUUUACAAUUACUUGACCAUGUAUUCAAGCUCAGGCAAGCAUAAAGGUUUUUCGAUAUCAGCAUUGGAUCCGCUGUUUCAAAUUUUGUAUGCUGCUGACAGACGCCUGGAUGAUCUUUCAUCGCAAACCACAUUCAAGAAUUGGAUAGGCGCGUCACUUUUAUCCGAGAAAGAGCGCAACACAUUGGUCGAGCAGCUUGAAGACAUACUCAUGACCUACGACGAAUUUCUCAUUGCUACUCUCAAAUAUUGUAUGGCAAUUUGGGCGCAAUUUGAUGUUGGAUGUAUGGUUGCGGGCUCCGUGAUCCUUUUUGCAGCUCUAUUGACCAUUGUUGGAGUGUUUAUCAAGCCCUCGUGGAUAUAUACCUUGCAUCGAGCUUUCAAUCACACUAUUGUUCGACUUUUGACAAUUCUCGGUGCUGCAAUUGGCUUAAUUUUUGGGUUUGUUGUAGCUCAUCUAUCUACUCAAGAGUCUGGUCUAUGGUACUUGUAUGUGGCAAGGCACGGCAUCUUUGAUAAAAUGUCCAUUUUUGGUUGGACAGCAACUCUUGCAUUUAUGGGAAAUAUAGCUGGCUUGGCCAUUGCCGUUGCCGUUCAAAGUAAACUCACUUUGAGUGCUAUCCAGAAAUGCAUCCAAUGGAUUUCGCAUAAUCCUGAUGUUAACCUCGUUUUGAUAACUGGUCUUGCUCAUGCGUUGACUUUGGGAUCCAACAGUUUCAUUGUUUAUGAAGACAGUGUUGUUCGAUUUAUCCUUGCCUCCUGGUCCAUCUAUUGGUUGAUACGUGGUGUUGCCACUUCCAGUCAUACCCUCCGGUCUCUCAAAUCUUCAUCCGAUUUAUGGGCACCCAUCAUCACUUUACUAUUUAUUCAGGUUACCGCUACAACUGGACUCUGUCGGGAGGAACAACAACCUCAAUGUGCAUAUAUACAUAGUGGGUCUUUGUCAUUGAUGCCAUUUCGCGAGGCUGACAGCUCAACAAAUGAAAAUGCUUUCGUUGACAAGUGGUUAACGGUCAUCGCCACAACAGCAUUCUUAAUUGUAUCCAUUUUUCUUUGCACAUUCUUACCAGAAGUGCUGCAGCAAGCUUGGUUCCCUUCGUCUAAGCCGAACAGAACUUCGUCAACUUCAUACAUAUGGUGCAAGAUACUCUAUGGACUGUCGAUUGGUCUCAUCAUGUUGCGAUACAUUUAUUUGAUUCUCGAAAAUACCUCGUCAACCCAGUAUAUUGUAGUUUCAAUCCUUCAAUCUUCGAUAUAUCAGAAUCUGUCAAGUGUAGUAAUUCACCUUAAUGGUUUAACAGCAACACAAUGGUUGCGUAUGACCACCCGCCUCUUCCAGAUCUACAUUCCACGCCUCAAUUAUGCGAUUGGUGGUCUGUUCCUUUCAUUUGCUUUACGUAAAGCCUGGAGACCUGUCGAUCUGAAAGAGUUAGAAGAGUCAGCCUGGAUUGCUCAUAUAGGCGGCACGAUCAUUCUCGCCACAAUUCAACGACCAAUCGGUGGGGUGAUCAUCCUAUGUUGGCCACUCAUGCUACAAAAUUUGACUAGGAUGUCUGACAAAAGCAGUAUAUCCAAGACUCUCACAGCACGACUGGUUAUACUGCACUAUCUUGGGGAACACCUCUUCUUUGUGACUGGUCAUCAGGCUAUUUUGACUGCUAUUCAUUGGGAGACAGCAUUCAUUGGCUUUGACGAAAUGUAUAUGAUUCCUAACGCAAUAUUGGUAUCACUUGCCACGCUAGCCGGCUUUAUCGUCUCAUGGUCAAGCAGUUUCGUAGUUGUCAGUCAGGCAUUGGGUGACAACCAAGAUCCCACGUUGCGUCAGACAAUUUACCAGGCAUCGGUUUUGCUUAUGUCCCUCUUCAACUUCAUUCCCACUACCCUCUCAUCCAUUUUUAUUAUUGUAUUGCGUCGGCAUCUCAUGACUUGGAAAAUCUUUGCUCCAAGGUUUUUACUCCAGUGCAUCCUUUUCUUUGGUUCAUGUCUCUAUCUUAUCGCAAUGGAAGGUAUUAUCGGUGGCAAUUUGUCGGAUGUGCCGCUUCGCCAGCCGAAACGCACUCGACAAGCUUGAGCCAAAUCCAUAUGCAUAAGCCUUCUAUGGCCUCUCUCAAUUAACAUUGAAAUCUAGUACAUCGUACUGUACACGCUACAAAUAUCCAACUAUUGUCCACAUUAUCUUCAUAGACAUUGCAUAAUAAACUUCCUUAGAUCAUCCACCACUAUUGUUUAUAAUCAAUAUUCUUGAUGCAACAACACUAUUUGCUUUCUGUACACUAUCCCACGACUAGUAACUCAGCCGUAGCUUGGGCUAGAAACCUGACUUGGGGGAUCAUUUGGUGUCGUUUGUGAGAAUAUCUUUUAUACUGAGGGUGUGAUUUUCCUUUUGUUUGCUUUCUAGAGCUUGCUAAAUUUACAUUUUCAUUGGUUGUGGUUGUGAUCCUUUUGACAAUUCCGCUCUGCAGUAAGAUAAGC